AAAUUAUUAUUUCGGAAUGCCGCGCAUUCCAUAUUUUAUGAAAAUUGCACUCGAAUCGUAAACCGCCAAGAAGGUUAUGAUGACAUUACUAUUUGACAAAAUUCCAAACUAACAUGUAAAUUGUUAUAAAAUUGCCAUUCAGUAUACGUAUAUUCUAUUGUCUCUUCCCAAAGAAAAUUGCACUAAAAUUCCAAAUUACUAGGUAAAUUACUAUAAGAUCAAUAUUUAGCGUGCCUGUGUCUUAUAGUGCAUUGUCUCCUCCGAAACGUAAUUGCGCUAAAACUGUAAACUGCUAAUUAAAUUGUUACAAUACACAUUUCUAGCGCUCCAGCUUCCAGUAUAUCGUUUCCUCCAAAAGAAAGUUUCACUGAAAAUAUAAAUAAUUAUAAAAAAUAAAUUAUAAAUAAUUAUAAAAAACAUUUAAUGCCGUCAUAUUUUAGCAUAACGUCUCCUCCAAAAGGAAGUUGCUCCACACGUUCUAAACAACAGAAAGUUGCUAUUGUCACAUGACAUAUUUCCCACUAAAACAGAGAUACUUUUCAAUUUAUCACUUGCAUUGUUCCGUUUCUCUCGCUGCCAUUCUCGAUCACGGCCGAAGCAUCGAAUAAAAGGAUCAAAGCAGCGUCGAUCGAUAGAAAUCAAAUUGAACGGUGGUAUUGGAGAACACGUGUCCUCGCGGAUCGCGAUACGAGACGCGUGCGAAAUUCCUCGCGCGCCGGUCGGCCAACCAGAAGACCGUCUCUCUCUCUCUCUCUCUCUCUCUCUCUCUCUCUCUCUCACUCUCAAUCUCUCUUCGAUCCUCUCCUAUCUUUCCCGGGUGACUUCUGUGUUUCCAAACACGUGUCAUCGGGUAUCCGUCUUCGAAGCAAGCUCGUAUAUUAACGACACCCGAGCCGCUUUCCCUUUCAUAUUCGUGCGAGGCCGCGUAACCGUCGCGACAGGGCCCGCCGUGGCUUCUCCAAACGUUCGUUUAAUUAGAAAUUAACGUCGCGACGGAGAAGGGGAAGGAUGGCUCCCGGUGAACCGAUAAUGUUCCACUGAAAUCUAAGCCGACACGAUCCGAUCGCCGUAGACCUUUCGCGGGGUCAAUCGACGCUAAUUCGCGGCGACGCCUUUGUCCAAAGAGGGACGACUUCGUGAUCGCGAUCGUGAAUGUUUUUCCACUGUUCAUUAUAUAAUCAAGUGCCCAUCGCGCCUGGAUCGACGCCAACGGAUUCGCCUAAGUUGCCACUCGUUUGUUCGAUCGUCGCCGGACCGAUCGCCGGCCGGAAGACCGUUCGGAAGAUCCUUGUCGGUGAUCCCUGUAGCCAGAGCAAUGAAGAAUAACAGGAAUCUAGGCAACUCCAUAGGGCCAACCGAGACGACAGCAUUGAGGCCGAAACUUGAAACGUUCGACGACGUUUUGCCAUACGUCGGUGAUUAUGGGAGGUAUCAGUGGCUGCUAUUGCUGUCGUUGUUGCCUUAUGGUAUUAUCUACGCGAUCCUGUAUUUCACGCAAUUCUUUAUUGCCAUUAUCCCCGCGGAGCACUGGUGCAAGAUUGACGAGUUGAUGACCACGAAUUUCACACAGGAGGACAGGGUGCAAAUAGCAAUACCGUCGUCGAACGACUACCCUUAUUACGAUCGUUGCUAUCGAAAAGACCUAAACUUCACCAAGAUACUGCGAUCCGGCGAAGAUCCACGAUCCUAUCAACUAUGGACCAAUCGAACCAUCAAAUGUACCUCUUGGGAAUAUAACUACACGCAGAUUCCAUAUCCCAGCAUUGGUACUGAGCUAGAUUGGGUAUGCGACCGAGAAUACCUCGUGUCAACAGCCCAGUCGAUCUUCUUCUGCGGCUCGAUCGUCGGCGGUUUCCUGAUCGGAUGGAUCGCAGAUCACAAGGGUAGGAUCCCUGCACUGGUAGCCUGCACCACCCUCGGCCUUUUCGGCACCAUUGCCACCGCCAACGCCAACAGUUUCUGGUCAUUCGCGGCCUGCAGAUUCUUCACGGGAUGGGCUUUCGACAACUGCAUCAAUAUUCCACUUAUUAUCGUUCUCGAGUAUAUGGCAGUGUCAAAACGCACUCUAGUCGUCAACGUAGCCUUCGGCCUAUUUUUCGCAGCAGCCAGCACCAUUUUACCAUGGAUGGCCUACUAUAUUUCGAACUGGAGGAUUUUCACUUACGUCAGCGCGUUGCCAUUAUUGUCCGUGUUUAUCACACCGUGGAUUCUUCCGGAAAGUGCCCGAUGGUACGUUUCGAACGGGAGAAUGGACAAAGUUCUGGAGAAAUUGAAGAGGAUAGCUUCGAUAAAUCGUAAGAAGCCGGAUCCGCGUAUUUACGAUGCUUUCGCGAACGCGAACGUCGAGGUGUCGGCACGAAAACGCGAAUCAGCGACCAUCUUUGACCUCUUCAAGUCCCCUAGACUGGCCAGAAACACCAUUCUUCUAGUUCUGUUCUGGUGUUUAACCGUGAUCUCGUUCGACGGCCACGUCUAUUCAUUGAAACUUCUUCAGAGUUCGGUGUUCGUGUCAUUUUCCCUCGCAUGUUCCACGGAACUUCCGGCUGGGUUGCUGUUGACACUUUUGUUGGAUCGGUGGGGCCGCAGACUCUGCGGAUUUCUCAGUUUGGGAGUGACUUGCUUGCUAAGUAUCGCCGAACUCAUGCUGCAUUCCACGGUUGCUAAACUAACAAUGUCAGUUAUGGCACGAUUUUGCCUGAACAUGGCGGCGAAUAUCGGUCUUCAGUAUGCUGUGGAGCUGCUACCAACGCCUGUUCGAUCGCAAGGUGUAUCGCUGAUUCAUACUGUCGGCAUUAUUGCACAUACUCUGGCCCCGUAUAUAACUGAUUCGGCGAAAAUAUGGGAAAGUUUCCCGAUGCUGAUCAUCUCCACAGUGUCCUUCAUGGGCGCCAUGUUUGUUCUGUUCCUACCGGAAACCCUCGGCCAAGAUUUACCUCAGACUAUUAAUCAAGGCGAAGAAUUCGGCAAAGACCAGAAUUUCUGGUCGUUACCGUCCAAACAAAAAUCUCUGUUCGAACAGCCACCUCAUUACCAAGCUUGCGAACGAUAAACGAUCAAAAUACUUGAUUUUAUUAGAACGAGGUAGAAGAGAAACGGCGGAGGAAGCGUUCCAUCUCACUAGGAUACAAUUGUAAUACAGCAGCAGAUAUAGUGCCCGUUAGUGUUCAAAUAUUGUUCGUAUUCCCGUUACUUUUUGAUUUCAUUAUUCUAUUUUAAGAAUCCAUUUUUUUAAAUAUCGUCCUCGACAUAGAUACGCAUCGAGUCAGCAUGGCUGACAACUUUUACGUUCCCAUUUCGUUUUUAUUUCAUUGUUAGUCGAUAUUUUAAGUAAUUUUUUAUUACACCGUUAGGUAUCGAGUUAGAUAUCUCAAUUAGGAUCGUUUAGUGGUUGACACGUGAACGAUUCGAUGUCGCCUUUUUAAGAAUACGUUGUCGUAAAAAUCGGAUCGUCAAGAUUUCAUUAUGUGGCAGUAAUCAAAUCGGACACUUUUAUCCUUUAAGGAGGUGAAAUAUUUUAGCGUUCGACAACCUAGGUGAAUAAGUAACCAUACGUUUCGCCAAUUGUAUUGGAUAAAACAAACGAUCGUUGAGAAUUUGGAAGAGGAUCAAUUCAUAAAAUGAAGUGUCAACUAUUGAACGAUUCUAUGUACGCUACAAUUGAUCGAGUAAUUUAGUAACGCAAAUUGUGCCAUUGUUUUAGAUAGUGCUCAUUAUACAAUAUAUUGUGCCAGGCAGCAAUGUCAGUAACCAAUGAAUAAUUCGGUUCCCGAGAUUUAAUCUCAGAAGCCGACACUAACAGAUUGAUUCUGUAGUGUGGCCACGACACAUUCGAAUCUUAAUUAACACUUCUUUUACCAUUUAAUUUAUUUCAGAAACAAACUACGUGUAUAAUUGACGUUUUCCCAAAUGUGUUCAUAUUUUCAAACUAUUAUGCAAGUUAUAAGUUACUCCUUCAGAAAACCGAUAUUUUCUGUUUGUUAACAAUAACAGCAAAUUGUAUACGCCUA